AUGGGAGUAUUUAAAACAACUACAAGAACGGCUGUGACAGAAUGGAUAGAACGCAUGACGUCAGAAAGAUAUAAGGAAGAUGAUUUCAAUGAUAUGUUUGAAUUAUGUGAGGUUAUCAAUAUACAAUCUACAGGACCUAAAGAAGCCAGUAAAGCGUUAAAACGUGCUUUAAAAUAUGGAAAUAUACAUUCCCAAGUUUUAAAAUCUUUGACUGAAAAUUGUGGUGAUAAAUUCGUUGCUCAAAUUUCUACGCAUAAAUUUACCGAUAGGCUUAGAAGUAUGGCAUUAUCUCCGUAUACUGAUUCUAAAGUUCAAAAAAAAUUAUUAUCAUUAUUUGCAGAAUGGUCAACAGAAUUUAAAAAUAGAUCAGGAUAUGAAACGUUAGCAAAUUUACAUGAUAGUGUAAAUUUUAGAAGCAACCUUAAUAAUUUUGUGCAUGCAAGUAAUACAAGAAGGGGGCCUGCAUCAAAAUCAACCAAUUCAUCAUCACCCUCCAUUGUUAAUAAGGAAAGAAGUAAAAGCGAAUCAUCCGGUGGUCAAUCUAAAAAAGGACAGCAGUCUGAAAGACGACCUGUAACCUAUUCUUCAGAAAAGAUUAAUGAAGCUAUAGGGUUGGCAACACAAAACGCUACAAACCUUAUUAAUGCUCUUACUUUUUUAAACCCCGGAUCUGAUUUAGAAAAAGAUUAUGAAUUACAAGAAUUAUUCCGCAAGUGUAAAUCAUCAUCUGAAAUAUUAAUUAAAAUUAUUCCAACAGUAACAGAUGGAAAUCAACUUGGACCGCUUUUGCAAUCUAAUGAUCAAGUGCAAGGAUCUUUAUCUAUAUAUUCGGAAUAUUGUAAAAAAGAUAAUGAAGUGAAUAAUAUUACUUCUGGUGUUAAAAGUAUUAAAUUACAAAAACAAAAAGAAAAUGUAUUUGAUCAUAAAAAGAAGAAUCAAGCUGAAGGAAAUCUUAUUGAUUUUGAUUCAUUUUCUUCAAAUAAAAAUUCAAGUUAUAAAAUCGAAAACUCAGCAUAUACAGACCCAUUUGCAGAUCCUUUUGCAGACCCGGAAACACCUUCCAAAACGCAAGAACCUGAAACUGUUAAUGAACCAAAAAGAAGAUUAGAAUGGUAA